CGGGCGCUCUCGCGAGAUCGGCGCGCUCGGGGCCUCCGCUUCCGGCGGCGGGAGCGGUGCAGAGUCAGCGGCGGCGGGGGCGGAACCGGCACCGGCACCGGCACCAGGAUCCGGCCUCGGAGCCAGCGCCGCCGUCACCAUGGGCAACAUCUUCGGGAACCUGCUGAAGAGCCUGAUCGGCAAGAAGGAGAUGCGGAUCCUCAUGGUGGGGCUGGACGCUGCUGGCAAGACCACCAUCCUCUACAAGCUCAAACUGGGCGAGAUCGUCACCACCAUCCCCACCAUCGGCUUCAACGUGGAGACGGUGGAGUACAAGAACAUCAGCUUCACCGUGUGGGACGUGGGCGGGCAGGACAAGAUCCGGCCCCUCUGGAGGCAUUACUUCCAGAACACCCAGGGGCUGAUCUUCGUGGUGGACAGCAACGACCGGGAGCGGGUGAACGAGGCGCGGGAGGAGCUGAUGCGGAUGCUGGCGGAGGAUGAGCUCAGGGACGCCGUCCUCCUCGUCUUCGCCAACAAGCAGGACCUGCCCAACGCCAUGAACGCAGCAGAGAUCACGGACAAGCUGGGGCUGCACUCCCUGCGCCACCGUAACUGGUACAUCCAGGCCACCUGUGCCACCAGCGGCGACGGGCUCUACGAGGGCCUCGACUGGCUCGCCAACCAGCUCAAGAACAAGAAAUGAGGGGGGUCUCC